GAAGCUUGCAGCAUCCUCAAUGGCAGCACCAUUCUGUUUGUUGGGGAUUCCCUUGUCCGCCAUGUAUAUACAGCUAUGGUGUUGAUUGUGACAGGGAAUAUGAAAGAUGGAGCUGUGAACGAUAACGUACCAAAGGAUGUAAGAAACAUAUGUAGCGGAAUGAAUAUGUUCACAGAGAAGGUUUGUCGAUUGCAUCUCAAGUACACUCUUCACGCUUGCAAUGGUUCAGUUAGACUGGAGCUAAAUUACCUUUAUUCCGCGGACCAAGGCCAACAAUUGAAACAACGUGUUGUUAAUUCGAACAGCAAGUCACUGCUUUUAGUUGGUAUUGGAAUUCAUAACAAUUUUAAUCAUAAAGUGGUUCAAACAAAGUAUCUUUUACCGACACUGACUUACAAGAGGGACAGUAAGAGAUCUUGGCCAAAAGUUUUGUGGGCAACUAGUCACGCCCCUGGUAUAAUGAAGUCCCCCAAAAUGUUAGCUCAGUCUUAUGAAAGUGUUCAACGUUACAAUGUCAACAUGGCUCCUUUCCUAAAAACAUGGGAAAUUCCAGUUUUCGACACUUUUAACAUGACUGACGGAAUGACGAGUUUCGAUGGUGAGCAUUAUGGACUUGGGAUGAAUGUGGCAAAAGCAAAUGUACUCCUGAGUUACCUGGACGAACUUAAAAAUAGAGGGCUGUGGUAAAACUGCUACUUAUUUUAAUACUUAAGCACAUAGGUUGUACCCUCACAGUUUCUUCGACCAUGUUCAUGUGUCAUUUGGAGAUGUUUAACACCG